AGCAGUUAUGCAUGACAUGGCAUAUUGUUUAUAUGUAUGUGUCUAUUUCUCCUUUGAUUAUCUUUCUUGAUCUUUCUAAAUUAUAGUUUCAAAAGUCAACUAAAAUUAUCAACAAUUAUAUUAAAAUUGCAUUGAAUAAUAAUACAUAAUACAUAUUGCGUAACAUUAAAAAAUUGUCUUUGACCUGUGAUCUUAACGAUAAUAUCACAUAUAUUAACAUUUAUUAAUUGUUAAAUAUAUCUGUCAAAAAUAAUUUUAAAAAAUCGUAUAAAAGAUGAAGUGGUUUGUAGGAAGCAUUCAAGAAGCAGUUCAUGCAUCAAAACAGAAAAAGGCUAUUUUCGUUGCAUUUAUUGAAGGAAAAGAUGACACAUCAACUCAAUUAUCACAAAUUAUUGAAUCUAGAGAAAUAUCUUCACGUUUGGAACAAGAUCAUUUUGUAGCAAUUAAAAUAGAAAGUGGUACAGAAACGUACAGAUUCUUUGCCCAAAUAUAUCAACUGGUUCCAGUUCCAUGUAUAUAUUUUAUCGAUGCAGUGGGUUCCCCUAUAGAAGUUGUUGCGAAUAAUUGUCAAAUUUCAGAGCUAGCAGUAAAAAUUGAUGAUAUGUUGGUAAAACAAGGAAAAACUGCUUCAGGAUCUUCAACUUCUUUUAUAAAAUCAGAACAAAAAGCAACUACAGUAAGUGCGCCAACAAAUGUUACAACUUUAGAAAAUAAUUCUCCGAUUGCUUCACAAGCAGAAAUUCAAUCUUCACAAGAAUCCACUUCAGAAUUAACGCAUGAGGAAAAAGUGAAACGAGCACAGCAAUUAAUUGAAUUACAGAAAAAGCAACGAAUCGAGGAAGAAAUAAAAAAGGGAAAAGAAAGAGAAUUGGAACGUAGAAAGAGAGAGCGUGAAUUACAAGAAUUACGUUUAAAACAACGUGAUUUGGAAAUAAAACAGUCGCACGAAGAAAGAUUAAAAGAAAAAGCUGAUGAUGCUGCAGCUAGAGAAAGAGUUAGACAACAAAUUGCACAAGAUAAAUUAUUACGAAAAGAAAAAGAGCUAGCAUUAAAGAAACAGGCUACUCAACAAUCAGAGAAACAACAAAUCAUUACGCCACAAUCAUCAAAUAAUGAUUCAUCUCUUACUAGAAUUCAAUUCAGAUUACCAUCUGGUAGUACACAUAUGGGACAAUUCGAACCUACGGUUACACUUGGAACAUUGCGCGAUUAUGUUUCCACUAACAUUGAAAUACCCUUUCAACAAUUUACACUGUCCACAUCAUUUCCACGAAGAGAUCUUCUUGUCGAGGAUGACAAUAAAACUCUCACAGAAUUAGGAUUGAUUCCAACGUGUGUGAUUUUGAUUUUACCUUUAAAAAAUAAAAAGUCAAGAGAAAAAUAUAGUCUUCUCAAUUUGGAAGAGCGAAAAAAAAUUUUAGAAAUAUUUAAAUCAGAUGAAGCGAAUGGAACUAAAACUACCAAUGCAAAAAUUGCUAGGCAAUUUAAUGUUUCGCAUACAGCAAUUCGACGCAUGAGACUUCAAAGUGAUGAGUAUGAAAAAAGAAUACAAAAUGAUGAAAUGUUAGAUACAAAACUUAAGCGAUUUCAUAAUCCUAAAAAUCCAGUUCUUGAAGAAAUUUUGUAUAAAUGGUGUAAGCAGAAGUUGACUGAUGGACAACCAAUGUCAAUGGCUCUUAUAAAGGAAAAAGCACUCUUAAUAAACCAAGAAAUUGACGGUAAGAUUGAUUUUAAAGCAAGUACGGGAUGGUUCAUCAGAUUCAAAAAAAGAUAUUCCAUAGAUUUGAGUGCAUUUAGCGGAGAAAAAUUAUCUACUGAUUUGGAAAACAGUAUAGAUUUUGUAGAGGUUAAAGAAGAAGAGAUUAAUAUUGAAUUUGAGGAUGUGAAUGAUUAUAAUAUUAUUACUGAAGCCACUGCAGCCUACGAGGGUUUUCAAUUAUUUAGAAAUUGGUACCAACAACAAUGGAGUUGUGAUGCGGAGACAAUGGUUACAUUUCAAAAAUUAGAUGAAUCUACAAAAAUGAUUAUUGAUGAUUUACAUAGUAGAUUCAACUAAAAUACAUCUUUAUUGUUAGUUAAUUCGAUUAAAAUUGAUUUGAAGUGGAU